GCUGUGCCCGCUCUGUGCCCUCUCUGUGCCCGCUCCGUGCCCGCCCUGCGGAGCAGCCGCUCACGAUGCGCCGGCCCCGACGGCGCUGGCUGCCUGCGCUGCUGCUGGUCACGGCGGCCGCUUUGGGAGCCAAUGCAGUCACCCUGAGGAGGAGGGACAGCUUGGAUUCCUUGGAUCUAGGCUGGGGAGGGGAAGAUCGUUACUACAAGAAAAGUGAUGGUCUCUAUUGCCAGAAGUGCCCUGAAGGCACCUACAUUGCAGAGGAGUGUAAGGAGCAGAAGGGCUCUGGCAAGUGUGAGCCCUGCAGGCCUGGGGAAUACAUGGAAUAUCCAAACGCCUUCCGCUGGUGCCGGGACUGCUCGGUGUGCAGGGAAGAUCAGGUGAAGCUGAGCCCCUGCCAGCCCGUCAGGAACACGGUGUGUGUCUGCAGGAACGGCACCUUCUGCCCCCCAGACCACCCCUGCGAGAUGUGCCAGAAGUGCCAGCCCAGGUGUCCCGAGGGCCAAGUGGUGCUGAAACACUGCACACCUGACAGCGACCUCCAGUGUGGUCCUGACACGGACACCUUCCCCUCCUACCUCUUGGGCAUCACUGCAGUGCUGGUUGUAGCAGUUGGGAUCCUGGUUUGCAUUGCGUUCUACUGCUGGAAACGCCACUGCAGCUCCCCAGGGGAUGGGACACCCUCGAGCAGGAAGCCCUUUGAAAUGGUGAGCUCUAUGUUUCAGAAGCUGCUGUGGUGCAAGACAGGGAACGUGGGGACAGAGGACAACCAGGCCAACAGGCAGACAGAGAUGCAGCAGCGUCACACGGCACCAGAGAGACAGGAGAUGCUGCCGAGUGGGAGUGAGAGACCCUGGAGGAGUCUGGUUCCAGCCCCAGGGUCUGACCCCUCUAAAGUGCUGCAGCGCUCCUUUUACACCUUCGCUAGGAAGGUGCCCAAUGAAAACUGGAAGAGAUUCGGCCACAACCUGAACCUGGAGGACAAUGACAUCCCCAAGGACAGGUCAGAGGAUGACUUCUACAACAUGCUGCGCAGGUGGCAGAACAGGGAGGGCACCAAGGCCUCCGUGAACACGCUGCUGGACACCCUGGACCGCAUCAGCCUCGGCGGCGUGGCAGAGAGCAUCUCCAACAUGCUGGUUCAGAGUGGACAUUUUCAGCAUGAAACGAGCUGAAGGGAGCAGGGCACACGUUGCAGCUGCCUCCUUCAGGCUACAGCUGUGAAAUAAUUCUCAGAACGGCUGGAUUGUAGCUGUUUGUAGCUAUCCUGUGGCUGCUCUCCUCUUGAGGCCAUUGUCAGCUGAGGCAGGAGCUGAUCCUCACGUGAAGGACAAGCCUCAGGGUCCUCUCUGCUGGAGUUACAGUUCAAAGUUGGUUCUUCCUCGUGGAAUCCAAGCUGGUUUCUUGAUUUCGCUGGGCCAACGCCAAGAGUUUCAAAUAAUUUCAGUCUGCCUUGGACCAUCUGUCUUGGAAACACUGGUACUACCCAGAUUUCUUUGGGAUCCGUGCGGAGAAGGGCUCCCUGUGCUUUUGAACUGGAUCAUCCUUGAAUCACAGAAGACUCUUGGUGUCGUAAAAUGGCUUCUCUUCUAGAACAUCUCUAAGUAAGCUUCAUUCUGCGUGCUUGGUGGUUCUGCAAGCUCAGCUGGUGUCUUGGGUUGUUUUUUGUGAACCAACUGUUUGUUUUUGUUAUUGUUAUUGUUAUUGUUAUUGUUUUUUGUUUUUGUUUUACAUGGUUCUGCUUGUUCUUAGGAGUUAAUUUAAAACUGCACUUGGAGGGGACAGGGGGAAUGAUUUGCACUAGGAGCACUGGGGUUGCCUGGGGAAAGGGACAAUGCAGGGCCCACCCAGCCCAUCCCCCUGCCAGGACCAGGGCAUCUCCCACUCCACCAGGUUGCUCCAAGCCCCAAUCAGCCUGACCUUGAAUGUUUGCCAGGAUGGGGCAGCUUAUCUGGGCAGCCUUUCUGCCAGUGUUUACUCACCCUCAUUGUGAAGUAUUUCUUUGUAGUGUCUAAUGUAAUGUGAUCUUCAUUCGGUUUAAAGCCAUUCCCGUGUCCUGGCACUCCUAGCCCUUGUCCAGUCCCUCCCCAGCUCUCCUGGAGCCCCUUUAGGUACUGGAAAGGGCUCAAAGGUGUCCCAGAGCCUUCUCUUCUCCAGGCUGGACAAUCCCAGCUCUCCCAGCCUGGCUCCAGAGGGGUUCCAGCCCUCGGAGCAGCUCCGUGGCCUCCUGGAUUUGUUCCAAGGCUUUCACAUCCUUGUGGAGGCCCCAGAGCUGCAGGUGGGGUCUCCCCAGAGCUGAGGAGAAGGGAAAAAUCCCCCCAUGGCCCUGCUGGGCCCAGGUUAGCCCCGUGGCUGUGGGGUGGCUGCUGUCCCUGUGUGCCCCAGCGUGGCGGGGUGAAUGCACUGAGUGUGAGUGUGACCGUGGUACCUCCUGCCCAUCUCAGACCUCAAGCACUGUGCCUCACACAGAGCUCAGGGACAGCCUAGCUGUAAAAACAGCUGGGAGAACUCCUGGAUUACUUGAGCUGCCACCCCAGUCCAGCCCAGCCCACCAGAACCUUCCCCAGUGUGUUGGGAGAGUGCUCAGCACCCUUCCUGCUGCUCCCUUUCUCCUCCACCCUCCAAUACAACAAGCAGUAAUUUUGUACUUAUUUAUUUAGCAAUUGUAAACAUAGCUUUUAAGUUAAUAUAUGCAAUAUAAAAAUAUUGGUAUUUUGUUAUG